AAACCGUCAGCUUGCUCGCAACCAACCUGCAAUUUUGGUAAUUUGGGAAUCUAGUCAAUGCGAAUCUCAUCCGGACCGCGCUGUGCUGCCAUGAUCGAUCUUCCAGAAUGGCAAUGACUGCCUCGAUGACCCGUUCACGACGCGCGGAGGCUUUCCAUCUGCCGAAUCCGAAUCCCAAGGUUGCCGCCAACACGAACCGCCGCCUGCUGGCCAGCGCGAAAGAGCAGCCGGCCUUGCACAUCAAUUCGUCGCUGCGCAAGCGCCCACCUCCCGAGCACGACCUCGAGACCAACGCGUCCAAGAGAGCAAGAUUAACGACCGGAAUUGCCGUCGAGAUCCCGGCGAAGCCGCCGGUGUACACCCGGUUCUCGAACAAGCCGGCCGACGCGAAACCAGCAGCUCCUCCUCCGCCUCCGAAACACGCUGCCGCUCGUCCCAGCAACCCGCCAGCGGGCCGCCGCGCCGCCCCUCAUAACAGCACCGAUGACAGCCCCAAGACCGCCCCUGCCUCCGCUCGUGGCGCCCGGCAGCAGCCAGGAGUCACAAAACACCGAGAGAAGGUUGCCAAUGGCCUGAAACACGAGCUUAAUAAGUUGCAGCCGACUGCGGCGGACACCAGGGGGCAGGGCCGCAAGCUGCGGUCGCAGGAGGCCAUCCGCUUCAAGAGCGAGCUGUCGGCCUACUUCCCCGAGUACGACGAAGUGAUUGGCAACGACCCGAAAGAAACUCACAUCCUCAAUCUCGACACGCCCAUCAUUAUUACCUUAGAUGGCGCUCCCCCACCAAGCAGCAGCGCAAAGAACGCCAACCGUGCCGACACAGCAAGCUAUCCAGUCCGUAGCUACGGCGACGCACUUUAUACAGACCUCUUCGACGCGCAACGCAUCGACUUUAGCUUCCUCAACACGAACUCCAAUUCCAACCCCAGCCACAACCACAACAACAAGAAGUCCAACCCGAGAUCCUCUUCCCCCGCACCCUCCCUCUCGUCCUCCGACCCGCUCCCCGACAGCCUCUUCAUCCCAGCGCACAAGAAAGCCGAGCGGCUGGAGCGCUCGAUCCGCAACUCGGAGAAGGGCCGGGCGCAGCACGAGCGCGACCAGAUCAUCCGGCUGCUGGACGGGCUGCAGGGGCCGGACUGGCUGCGCGUGAUGGGCGUCAGCGGCAUCACGGAGAGCAAGAAGCGGCAGUUCGAGCCGGCGCGCGCCCACUUCGUGCGCGGCUGCGAGGCCAUCCUCGACAAGUUCCGCCGCUGGGCCGCCGAGGAGAAGAGGCGCCGGGUCGAGGCCGCCGCGGGCAGGCGGGCGGCGCAGAGGGAGGGGGCUGCCGGGGAAAGGGAGGAGGGAGGGGAGCAGCAGCAGGAGGAGGAGAAGAGUGCUGCUAGUGAGGAAGCGGAGGAUGAAAGAGAGGAAGGGGAAGAGGAAGUCGCUGAUAGCGAGGAGGACGGCGAUGAAGAGGAGGAGGAUGAGGAGGGGGGUGGCGGAGAUGAAGAUGACGACGAGGCAGGCCCAGAUCCAGAAGGCGACCCGCCCGACGACAGCGACGUCGACAGGAAAAUCGCAAAGCAGCUCCGCGAAGAGGCGCUAGCGGCGGCGGCCGCUGCACGUCAGAGGAAGAAGAGAUCCACAGCAAAGCGGGGAGCGGCGCAGCGCAGGGCAGCGGCACCGCCGUCCCGCCGCCGGCUAUCCGCCGCCAAGUUGCCGCCGGAGGAAGCGCCCCGGGAGUUCACGUCCUUCUUUGCGAAGCGCUACCAGCGCGAGGCGGCGCUGAGCAAAACCCGGCGGCGGGGCCGCACGGUGCUGGCGUGGGGCCACCCCGUGCCGGAGCCCCCCGAGGCCGAGUUCGAGUUGCCGGCCGAGCUGCGGGACGAAGAGACCCUGCGGUCGCACGCGCGGCGGAAGCGGAGGGAUAGGCGGCUGAGACGCUGAACUGAACCAGUCGGGUUAUUUUUGUGUUCAAACGAAAGGUAGCAUUGGGCCUGGUGUCUGGGAGCGGAGGUGCUUUGUGUGCAUGGAAUCUAGGGGUCAUCAUCUUAGCGGGCUGUUGUGCGACAGGGGAGAGAAACCGGAUAGGAAGGGAAGGGAAAGGAAGGGAGCAAUUGCAUU